AUGCUAGAUGAUUCUGCGCUUGAAACUUUUGCGACAGGAAGACCAUUGGAGGAUUCUCCUGAUUUGCAAGUUUGUAAGCAUUGCAAGAAGAGUGUAUUGAAAUCCGCGACGGAAAAGCAUGUCAAAGCGUGUUUAAAUGCGAAGAGGUUGAAAUUGUUGAAGAAAAAAGAAGCGAAGGAAGCAAGGGAUAAGGUGAAGAAGAAAUUAUCGAGUAAAGGUGUGGAUGGGGAUGGAGAUACUAAGAUGGGGAGUGAUGAUGACGACGAUGAUGAUGAGAAAGGUCCAGGUGGUUUUAAGAGUUCGAAAAAGAGUGCCGGGAAAAAUAAUGGGGAUGCGAAGGGGAAGAAGAGAAAGGCGGAUGGUGAAGGGGAGAAGGGUCCAAAGCAGAAGAAGAAAAAGGAAGAGCCAAAACCAAAGGCUCCAAAACCGAAAGGUCCUGUCGAUGUAGAACGACAAUGUGGUGUCCUGAAAGAUGGAGUCCCAUGCGCUCGCUCUUUAACUUGCAAAUCUCAUUCUAUGGGAGCUAAAAGGGCCGUUCCUGGUCGUACUUUACCUUAUGAUAUGCUUCUUUCUCAAUAUCAAAAGAAAAAUCAAGCCAAACAACAAAAAGCAGCUAUCGAUGCCAAUGCACCCCUCGAAGAUGAAGAUCUCCUUAAUGGUCCUAUCGAUUCAGAUGAAGAACUUCUCACCGUUCAAUCUGGCCUCGCAAAUUGGAAUCCACAACCAUUAGUUCCACCACUUAUUCAAUAUCCAAUUCAAUAUCGUUAUAGAGAUGAGAGAUUAUGGGAACAAUUACAUAAUGCUACAAAUGGAUUUACAUUGAAUAUUUGUAAAGUUAAAGGAUUAGGAGCUCAAAAAGCUUCACCGGGAAUAGAAAAUGGAGAGAAUGAUGGGGAUGAAAUCAUGGGAGGAAUGGGCGACGGUACGAAUGGAAAUGGAAGUUCGGAAAUGGGAUUAGGAAUUGUAGGACCGCCGGUUAGAAGACCUAGUGGAUUUGUACUGCAAGGUGUUCCACAGAGAAAACAAAGUAUGGCUGGACGUGCUUAA